GUUGGCGAAGAGGAGGAGGAAAGAAGCCAAACGCCGGGCGGCAGCGAUUUGAAAUCUCCGGUUUCGUUCGCUGGCCGCGACAACGACUACACGCUAAGAAGAAAAAUGGAGAUUACGUUUUGGGCGUUUCGUCGUUGAGUCUGAGGUUUGAGGAAGAAAAACAAGAAAGAAGAGGAAGACAAAACAAGAAGAAGAUGAAGAAGUUGAUGAAGAUGGGGAGGAAGAAAAGCGGUCAUGUUCAUAGUGCUCCUUCAGACGACGACACCAUGUUUUCUCACGAUUCUAAACCCAAGAGGAUCUACCAACUCUGGCCCGGCAAUAACAAAUUCUAUUGCGGAGGGAGACUAGUGUUUGGUCCCGACGCAUCUUCGCUUCUCCUAACCACAGCUAUGAUUGGAGGUCCCGCUCUCACUUUCUGCAUCCGAAUGGCUUUUCUGAUCGGGAAAAGCUAUCCUUUGUUCCACUCUCUUGUAUUGAUGGGUGCACUUUUGCUCACUCUCUUGGAUUUCAUAUUUCUCUUCUUAACAUCUUCGAGAGACCCUGGGAUUAUCCCAAGGAACAAAGAAGCACCACAAUCAGAAGGGCUUGAUAUGAUGACUCAAUCCUUAGAGUGGGUAAACAACAAACUCGGUAAUAACACAAAGGUACCUCGAACCAAGGACAUACUGGUGAAUGGCUACACUGUCAAAGUCAAAUUCUGCGAUACUUGUUUGCUUUACCGUCCUCCUCGCGCCUCUCACUGCUCAGUCUGUAACAACUGUGUCCAAAGAUUUGAUCACCACUGUCCAUGGGUUGGCCAAUGCAUCGCUUUAAGAAACUAUCCCUACUUCAUCUGUUUCAUAACAACUUCAACACUCCUCUGCUUGUACGUCUUUGUCUUCUCAUGGGUCAGCAUGCUUGAGGUACACGGAAAGAUGUUGUUAAUGGUCAUCGCAGACGACUCGAUAUUUGUUGUUCUUAUCCUCUACUGCUUCGUCGUCGUCUGGUUUGUCGGUGGCCUCACUGUUUUCCACCUCUAUCUCAUCUGCACAAAUCAGACAACUUAUGAGAAUUUCCGUUACCGUUAUGACAAGAGAGAAAACCCUUACGCAAAGGGUUUCUUCAAGAACCUAUAUGAGUUGUUCUUUGCCAAAAUUCCACCUCCAACGAUCAACUUCAGAGACUGGGCUCCAGAGGAACCAGAUGCGGAGGUUGGAUCCAUCGCAUCUGAACUAGACCGAGCCUUUGGACCUCGAGGAGAUAAAUAUGAUAUGGAAAUGGAAAUUGGCGACUGCAAAACUAGCAAGGCCGGUUUGCGUCUCCAGACACUGGACAACAACAACAACAACAACAACAUAAUUGAAGAAAGUGUCAAGAAGAAAGGAUUAAGUGAAGAAACUGCAGGGAGCACCACCGCGUUUUGUAUCCCGGGGAUUCAAGAACCCGGGAAAAUAACAAGAAACUCCUCGAGCGUUGAUGUGAGAUCGAGAUAGGAUCAUAACAGAUUUUUUUGCGGAAUCUUUGCGCCUGUAAAAAAAUGCUUGAUUACUUGUGUAAACUCAUCUCUUAAUUCUU